AUGAAGAGAAGCGAAGAAAAUGAGAUCGUGAUUGUUGGAGGUGGUAUAUGUGGCCUUGCAACAGCCCUAGCACUUCAUAGGAAGAGAAUAAAGAGUUUGGUGUUAGAAAGAUCAGAGGAGUUGAGAGCUACAGGUGCAGCUAUAAUUGUGCAAGCUAAUGGAUGGCAUGCACUUGAUCAGCUUGGUGUUGGUUCAAUACUUAGAGAAACUGCUAUUCAAAUACAAGGGGGAAAAUUCAUAUCUCUUGGCGAGGAUGAGCCAAAGGAAGUACCAUUUGGGAUUUAUAAAGAAUUUAGGUGCUUAAAACGCACUGAUUUGAUCAAAGCCAUGGCCAAUUGUUUGCCAAUGGAAACUAUACGUACUGGCUGUCAAGUAGUUUCCAUAGAAUUAGAUCCAAUCACACAAUAUCGACAGCUUGUGCUUAGUAAUGGAAGUAUUCUUCAAGCCAAGGUUGUUAUUGGAUGUGAUGGUGUGAAUUCCACCAUUGCAAAUAUGGUUGGACUACACGAAACAAAGCUCUUGCGUUUCUCUACAUGUGCUGCUCGAGGUUUCACAGAGUAUCCAAAUGGUCAUCAAUUUCCUAGUGAGUUUGCUAUGAUGAGCAGAGGUCAAGUCCAGCUUGGAAUGAUGCCAAUGACUGACAAGCUUGUCUACUGGUUUGUAACAAGACUCAACACUGCUCAAGAUUCAAUAAUUUCAAAAGAUCCAGCUCUUAUACGACAAUCAUUAAUGGAGUCGAUGGAGGGUUUUCCGAUACAUGCGAUGGAUAUGAUAAGCAAUUGCAAGCUGAACUCUUUGCAUCUCACUGACUUGAAGUACCGUCCACCAUGGGAUUUGCUUCUUAACAAAUUCAGUAAAGGAACAAUGGUAGUUGCUGGUGAUGCAAUGCAUGCCACUGGUCCAUUCAUUGCACAAGGUGGCUCAGCAUCCAUUGAAGAUGCAAUUGUUCUUGCUAGAUGUCUAGCACAAAAGAUGCAUAAUACAACAAACGGCAUAAUGGCGCGAAGUACUGUAGAGGAAGCAUUUGAUAAGUACGUGAAAGAGAGGAGGAUGAGAAUUUUUUGGCUCUCUUUAAAUACUUAUCUUGUUGGGAAGAAGCUUGAUGCAAAGUCAAGGAUAGUAAGAUUUGUAGUCAUAGCAAUCAUGUUUGUUCUAUUUAGAGACCCAAAUUGUCAUUUACGCUAUAAUUGUGGAACUCUACAUGAAGAGGAAAAUCUAAAUUACAUAUGA